CCCAGGCUGCCCCGCGACGGCGCGGUCGGGCCAUGGCGCCGCUGGCCGAUCUGUACCAGCUCACCAUGGCCUACGGGCACUGGCGGGCCGGGCGGCACCGCGUUCCCGCCGCCGCCGAGCUCUUCUUUCGCCGCGGGCCCUUCGGCGGCGUCUUCGCCCUGGGCGCCGGCCUGGCCGAGGUGCUGCGCUGCCUCCGCGCCUUCCGCUUCUCCGCUGCCGAUGUCGCCUACCUGCGCUCCGUCCUGCCCAGCACCACAGAGGACGCCUUCUUUGAUUAUCUGGCCACCCUGGACACCUCAGAGGUGACAGUGUCCGCUGUGCCAGAGGGCUCUGUCAUCUUUGCCAGGGUCCCGUUCCUGCAGGUGAAGGGGCCGCUGCUGGUGGUGCAGCUGCUGGAGACCAUGUUGCUGUGCCUGGUCAACUACGCCAGCCUGGUGGCCACAAACGCCACCCGCUUCCGUCUCCUUGCUGGCCCGAAUGUGAAGCUGAUGGAGAUGGGGCUACGUCGCGCUCAGGGGCCGGACGGUGCCCUUUCGGCCUCCAAGUACUCCUACAUCGGGGGCUUUGACUGCACCAGCAACAUCCUGGCGGGGAAGCUCUACGGCAUCCCAGUGCGCGGCACCAUCGCCCACUCCUUCAUCAUGUCCUUCACCUCGCUGGAGGAGGUGCAGCCCCGGGAGCUGCUGCCGCUGGCAGGAGGAAAGCCAGUGGAUCUCCCAGCCCUGGCUGAGUCAUGGCUGCAGCGGGUGUGCGAGCUGCUGCAGACUCCCCCUGAGAAGGCGAACCGGGGUGAGCUGGGCGCCUUCGUGUCCUAUGCCAUCACCUUCCCGUGUGACUUCCAGGGGCUGCUGGACACCUACUGCAUCAGGAGGAGCGGCUUGCCAAACUUCUGUGCCGUGGCGCUGGCCCUGCACCAACUGGGGUACCGGGCCAUCGGGGUGCGCCUGGACAGCGGGGACCUGGCCCAGCAGUCCAAGGAGAUCCGCCGAGUGCUCCGAGCCUGCGGUGCUCACUUCCAGGUUCCAUGGUUUGAGACUAUUCCCAUCGCCGUCAGCAACGACAUCAGCGAGCAGAGCCUGGAGGAGUUCAGCCGGGAGGGGAGCGAGAUCAACAUGAUCGGUGUUGGGACGAAUCUGGUGACGUGUCCCCUGCAGCCGUCGCUGGGCUGUGUUUACAAGCUGGUGGAGGUCAAUGGCUCCCCAUGUCUGAAGCUCACAGAAGAUGAGGAGAAGAUGACGAUCCCAGGGACUAAGACAAUCUAUCGGCUCUAUGAUGCUGCUGGUCACCCCUUCAUGGAUCUCAUGGCCCUGGAAGACGAGCCCUCACCCAGCGCAGGGCAGGAGCUGGUGGUCCAUGUCCUGGGGCAGCUUGGUGAGACCAGCAAGGUUGUGCCCACUAAUGUGGAGGCCCUCCAUCGCAUGUACUUCAGAGAUGGCCAGGUGUGUGAGCCGCUGCCCAGCCUGUCUGAGGUGAGGAGCCACGCACAGGUGUCCCUCAGCCUGCUCAGCCCCGCUCACCGCCAGCUCCACGAACCACAACCCUACCUGGUGGCCAUGACGGAGAGGCUGCACCACCUCCUCACUGAGCUGCGGCAGGCCAGCCAGUGAGGGGGUCUCUGCUCGCCCCCCCCCCGUGCCAGCCCACGCCGGGGGCUGGCUCUUCCUCUGCGCUCUUUUGAAGACCAGGUGACUAAUUGGGAAUUAAUGGUUCUAAUGACAUUGCUGCUGCAUGGUGCUAAUCCGAGGACCCUGCAGGAACUGGAAGAGCACCCUGGGGUCCCAGUAGCAAAGCUGGGCACAGAGGGAUGGAGCAGACAGAGCUUGGAGGCAGCUGCCCGUGUCCUCUGGAAGCGACAGUCCUUCCCUGCCCGCCUGGGUGACCCUGCUCGCCCUAUGCCUUCUGCUGCAGCAGGGCUGCCUGCCUCGGUGGCCCUGCCAGCCCUGUGCCUUCUGCCGUGGCAAUGCUGCCCGCCUCGGUGGCCCUGCCAGCCCUGUGCCUUCUGCUGUGGCAGCGCUGCCCGCCUCGGUGGCCCUGCCAGCCCUGUGCCUUCUGCCGCAGCAGUGCUGCUCGCCUUCCUGCCAACUCUGCACCUUCUGUGGUGGCAGCCUAUGCUGAAACCCCUCAGUGGCACUAGAGAUCAAGUCUUGAACGCACAAGAGGGGUCCACCAUGGGAAGGGCCAGCCCAUCCCUUAACCCGUGUCCUGUGGGACAUCUGUGGCAGCCACACUUUGCGCUUCCCGUUCUAGGCUUUGGCUCUGUGGCCACAUUUUAUCUCUUUCCAUUUAGUAUGUGUUCCCUGAGGUGUGGAGGUCAGCUCCAGGUUGAUGCCGGCUCCAGGCUGACGCCUACACUCUCUAACGUGACGUUCCUAGAGGAAGUGUGGCACUAAUCCCCACAAUUAACUUCUUCCUAAGCAAAAAAUGAAAUAAAGGCCUUUACCUACUACGGCUACGGCCAUACCACGUGGCUGCCCUGUCCUUCAAAACACUCGUUCGCUUCAGCUUGAACAUUUAAUUCAACGUCUUUCACUUCACGCCAUGGUUUAUGACUGAACAAAGCUGGAAUGAAAAGCAACAGCUGAUCCCUGAGAGCAUGGGGGUGGCCCCAGCAGGUGCCUCAGCCCCAUUUUGUGGCAUCGUGUGACCCUAAUUCCAGUGAAAACCCCCCUGUAGCUCCGUGGGGGGUACGUGUCACACCCAGGCAAUGACUGUUUGAAGGCUUUUAUCAAAACAGGGUCAAGAAAUGUUGUUGCAUGGAAUAGGAAAAAAUUGCACAGCUCAAGUCUUCUCUGAGACGUGCAUAUUUUCUCUAAUCCUGCCCAAAUCUGUAAGAGAGAUACUAAAUCCUUUCCCCUGAGCUUCUAAAAUAUACAGACCCAGAACUGAGGCACCCAUCAGAACGGUGCAGUGAGGGUGGGCAUGAGGGAAAUGCCCAGGGAGAUGCAGCUGCGUAUCCCCAGACACCAACCCUGCUCCUGUGUUUCCACAGCCUCCCAGGAACAGCUGUGGUUUAGAUCUUCUUGAUGGGGAAAAAAUAAUUAAAAGAGCUUAAUGAAGCAUGGCCUGAUGGUCUCUUGUUUCUAAAAAACCCCAACAGGCUGGAGCUCCCUGUUGCAACACUCCGGCUGUGGGCACUGUAUCACACUUGGCAUUUAAAGAGAAAUAAAAAAAACCUCCAGGAAAACC